ACGCAGAGUUAAUUCUCAAAAGGCAUUGAGUCUUGCUUAUCGCGUGCCUUUGCAUUAACGAGGCAAGAAAACUUAAUAUUCUGGUGCAACUAUCGGCUGGUCCGGCAGUGAGAACAAAUAAAAACUGGCGCCUCGAGCUCUAACCGCUGUAUUUGGGGCCAGAUUGUCCAGGUCGUGUACUCUUUUCCUGAAAUCCGCCGGAGUCUGCUUUCUUAUCGCAGGAGGCCUUGAAGCUCGCAGAGGCAUCAACAUGGCGUGGCGAUGUUCAGGGAGCUCCAAUGCUGGGCUCAUUGCAAACAUGUGGACGAAUGGCCUCAUCAGCGACCCGCUGGUCAAGGAGGCGUUCCUAAAGGUUGACCGAGGCCAUUACGCUCCUGCUAUGCCGUACCAAGACUCUCCACAGCCCAUCGGAUACGAUGCUACUAUUUCUGCGCCGCACAUGCACGCCUCGGCCGUGGAGCAUCUUCUGCCUCGUCUUCUCCCAUCAGAGACGUCGCCAGCCCCACGAGUGUUGGACAUUGGCUCUGGUUCUGGCUACCUCACCCACCUCUUUGCCGAGCUUGUUGGAGACCGGGGGCUUGUAGUAGGGCUGGAGCAUAUCCGGGAACUCCGAGACUUGGGCGAAGCGAACAUGGGGAAGAGCAGAGAGGGGAAACAGCUGCUAGAUUCAGGACAGGCAAAGUUUGUGGUUGGCGAUGGAAGGCUGGGCUGGGUCGAAGAGGCACGACAAGGCGAAGAAGAGUACGGUACGGCAUGGGAUGUAAUUCACGUCGGCGCCGCUGCAAAGGAAGUACACGCUCCGCUCCUGGAGCAACUCAAGGCACCUGGAUGCAUGUUUAUUCCUGUGGACGACGACUCCAGUGGGUGGAAUCAAAGCGUGUGGCGCAUCGAAAAGGACGAAGAGGGGAACAUAACGCGGAAGAGGCUGUUUGGGGUGCGAUAUGUUCCGUUAACGGAUGCGCCAAAGAGGUAGCUUUGUGCCGGGAGAAUUGGCUUUGAGAAACUUUCCACCUCGCCUCGCAGGAUGAGAGCUAAUGUCUGGAAGCCAUGAUGAGCU